AUGGUUCUGGUUCUUGUGCAGAAGCCUCGAAAGCAUUUCCGGCGGGGACCUCCCCACUUGCAGAUCAGAGCCCCCAACACAGUGUCUAGAGAUGUCAUGCAGAACGUGGCUAAGGAGCAGGAGGUGGCCCCCAGGGAUGCUCACCAGGAAGAAAACACGCAGCACGCAGUCAUCAGCUGGCGGGGCGCAGUGAUUGAGCCUGAGCAGAACACUGAACUCCCUUCCAGAAGAGCAGAAGCCUCUGCCAAGCCUUACUUGGUGGCAGCCAGGAUGCAGAAAGAGCCAUUACCGCCAAAUGAGCGCCAGAAGGGGGUGAUUGAGGCCUUUCUCCACGCAUGGAAAGGAUAUCGCAAAUUUGCAUGGGGCCACGAUGAGCUGAAGCCAGUGUCCAGGUCCUUCAGUGAGUGGUUUGGCCUGGGCCUCACCCUAAUCGAUGCCCUGGACACCAUGUGGAUUUUGGGCCUAAAACAAGAAUUUGAAGAAGCCCGGAAGUGGGUUUCACAGAAGUUGAACUUUAAGAAGAAUGUGGAUGUCAACCUGUUUGAGAGCACCAUCCGAAUCCUAGGAGGCCUGCUGAGUGCCUACCACCUGUCAGGAGACAGCCUGUUCCUUAGGAAAGCUGAAGAUUUUGGAAAUCGGCUCAUGCCUGCCUUCGCCACACCAUCCAAGAUCCCGUACUCUGAUGUGAACAUUGGCACUGGAGUUGCCCAUCCGCCCCAGUGGACCUCAGAUAGCACAGUGGCUGAGGUGACCAGCAUCCAGCUAGAAUUCCGAGAGCUCUCUCGCCUCACAGGAACCAAGAAAUUCCAGGAGGCAGCAGAGGAGGUGACGAGGCACAUCCACUCCCUGUCCGGGAAGAAGGACGGGCUGGUGCCCAUGUUCAUCAACACACACAGUGGCCUCUUCACUCACCCGGGCGUGUUCACCUUGGGCGCCAGGGCCGACAGCUACUAUGAAUACCUGCUGAAGCAGUGGAUCCAGGGCGGGAAGAAGGAGACACAGUUAUUGGAAGACUACCUUAAAGCCAUUGAGGGAAUAAAGACACACCUGCUUCGGCAUUCCCAGCCCAGGAAACUCACCUUUGUGGGGGAGCUUGCCCACGGCCGCUUCAGUGCCAAGAUGGACCACCUGGUGUGCUUCCUGCCAGGGACGCUGGCUCUGGGCGUCCACCAUGGCCUCCCGGGCAACCACAUGGAACUAGCCCAAGCACUUAUGGAGACCUGCUACCAGAUGAACCGUCAGAUGGAGACGGGGCUCAGCCCUGAGAUCGCACACUUCAACCUGUACCCCCGGGCGGACCGGCAGGAUGUGGAGGUCAAGCCGGCCGACAGGCACAACCUUCUGCGGCCCGAGACUGUGGAGAGCCUCUUCUACCUGUACCGGAUCACAGGGGACCGCAAGUACCAAGACUGGGGCUGGGACAUCUUGCAGAGCUUCAACAAGUAUACUCGGGUCCCCUCGGGUGGCUAUUCCUCUAUCAACAAUGUCCAGGACUCCCACAGACCUGAGCCCAGGGACAAGAUGGAGAGCUUCUUCCUAGGGGAAACACUGAAGUACCUCUACCUGCUGUUUUCUGAUGACCCAGACCUGCUCAGCUUGGACUCCUAUGUGUUCAACACCGAGGCCCAUCCCCUGCCCAUCUGGGCUCCCACCUAGGGGACAGCUCCUGGCCUAGGAACUGCUGGGAGGUAGAGGUGGCUCAGUUGGGUCUGGGAUAUUCAAAGGCCUGCAUGAAAUCGGGCAGCCACUGAGCACCAGUGCUCUUUGCCGCCCCAGCUUCUCGUCUCUGCUGCUCACAGGACACUGUGUAGAACAGAACCAGAUCAGCAGGUGUGUGGCUCAGGGAGAGUUAGUUUACCAGAAGAUCUUGACCUUCCUUCAAAAUUUGGAUUACAAUUCCCUACUCAUAAUGUUGAUCCAACCUGUCUGCCAGCUGCAAGGAGGCCCUGGUGGUUCCCAGGGCCCCAGCCCACCCCUGGGCUGCUUAGAACCCAGAGCUGUGUUGUGUUCAGAGAAGAGCCGAGGGGAUGGCCUACCAGCCGCUCUGCUCCAACUAACAGCACUUAUGAGUUCCAAGGAUUGGCAUAGGCCUCUGAGACCCCCGUAGAGCCCUGAGGCUUUGAACCUGGCUCUGGUGUUUACAUGUUGGACUCAGGGAUCCUCCUGACACCCCAUGGUGUCUCACAGGAGGGGGGACAGCAAUUUGACUUUGCACCCUGGUAGAAUGGGACUUUUCAGCUGGGAUAAAAUUUGACUUGCCCCCCC